CAGUGUGUCAGCCGGCGUCGCAGAGGGCGGGUGUGCGGAAUUAAUCUGCGUGGUUUUUAGGUUUGUCUGCGGCACAGAGUGACCGCACUGGAUAUCAAUAACCUGGAGCAGACGACGGGACGAAAUUCCUGUGUCAGACGACGCUGUGCCCGAUCAAGAACGAGGAUGGGGAUACGUGUAUGUUCAUCGUCAACUUCCAGGACCUUACAGUCAAGCCUGAGGAGGACGAGGACGAAGAUUCUUCCCUCGGCGACAACACCAUCCAGUCCAGAUUCAACCGGGCACGGGCAUCGUUCCGUCAGUCUUUCCGCAUGGGGACACUCCGACGGGGGAAGUCACCAGCCUCCGGCCCGUCCAGAUCCCCCGCGACGCGCAUGGAACCUAUCAUUGACGAGCCCGCCGACGAGCCGCCGGAGGAGCAGGAGGAUGACGCCACCGCCAGCAGAAAGCUUGAUGACAGCGACCAGCGAGACCCAUUGCUGGGCUCCACCAUCCCCGCCGCCGCCGCCGCCGCCGCCGCCGACACCGCCGCUGCAGGUACCACUGCUCCUCGACCCGCCAGCAGGGCCGCCUCCGGAGCACCCGUGCGCACCUCUGCUGGCGCCACGCUUGCUGUGCCUGCUGUUGCUCUUGAGUCGCCGCCUAUUACUGCUGCUUCUGGUGAUGCUGCCGCUACGCUGGUCGUCUCUACUGCUACUGAUAGAAAGCGCACAUUCGACGCCCUCCACGUGACUCGACCUUCCCUCCAGGCCUUCCUAGACGACCGCAAGACGUCGCUGCCCAUCUGGAAGAGGAAGGACUCUGCCAACUCCCGCAAGGACUCCGUCGCCACAACCACCUCCAAGGA